AUGUCUCAAUAUAUUGGGAAAACUAUUUCUUUAAUUUCCACUACUGAUAACAGGUAUGUCGGUUUAUUAGAAGGGAUUGACUCUGAGAACAGUACUGUAACCCUAAGAGAGGUUCGUUGCUUUGGUACUGAAGGCCGUAAGAAUUGGGGUCCAGAAGAAAUCUACCCAAAUCCAACAAUCUAUAAUUCUGUAAAAUUCAAUGGUAAUGAAGUCAAGGAUUUAAGCAUAUUGGAUAUGAAAAUUGAAGAAGUUCAACCUGUGAUGCCACAGGGAAUCUGGGCUCCUCAAGUAAUGGCAGAACAAGGCCAGACACUUUCUUCAGCUGCAUCUGCUAAUUCCAGCCAAGCUACACAACAACCACAACAGCCACAACCCCAAGUACCAGCUGCUAUGGCAGGUUAUGGUGUUUAUGCACCAUCUGCUGAAGAAACUGCCUCUGCAGUUAGCGAAACUGCCCAAUCCUCCACUGGGAAAAGUAGAUCUAAUGAAUCCGUAAAUGAUACUCCAUCUCAAGGCACAGAAUUAGAAGAUUCUAAUAAAGAAAACAAAUCUAGUUUUAGAAAGAAUUACUCUGAUAAUAGAGAUCAUCAUGGUUCUCACCAAAACAAUCAACGUUAUAACAAAAACAAUUCCAACCAUAAUCAUAACACACACCAAAGAGGUGUUGAAAUUCCAACUGAAGAUUUUGAUUUUCAAUCAAACAACGCCAUUUUUGCUAAAACUGGAGUGCCAGAGCAAAAUGAAGAGAGUUCUGAAAAGAAGAUUGAAGAUUAUAAACAAACAGAUGCUACUGAACACUGUGAAGAUCAUGGUUCAUUUUAUGAUAAAAAAUCAUCUUUCUUUGAUACUAUCUCCACUUCUGCAGAAGUAAAUACUAACAUGAGGUGGCAAGAGGAAAAAACAUUAAAUAUGGACACCUUUGGUCAAGCAUCUGCAAGACCAAGAUAUCAUCAUAGAGGUGGUUACAGGGGUGGUAGAGGCCGUGGUGGUAGAGGUGGCAGAGGCCGUGGUUAUAAUAAUCACAAUAACAGAAGUAACAAUUAUCACAAUAAUUAUAAUAAUAAUAAUAAUCAUUCUAAUAAUAGCAAUGCUAACUAUAACAAUAGUAAUAGAAGAGUUCAAGAGAGCAAUAACAGCCAAUUCCCACAUAAUUCUCAAGCUGUCCAAUUCUAG